ACAAUUAAAAACAUUUUGAGUGAAAGCUGAUUACAGACGGAGGCUGAUUGACUGCAGCUGGUUCCUGAUGAUGAGCGGCUGAUUAAAGUGAUUGCAGAGCUGCAGGACGGGUCAGGUGUCGCUCCAGCAGUGAUGGACUCGGGUUCUGUGGCUCUCAGGUCCGCUGUGCUGGCGCUGGUCGUGCUGCUGUCGGGUCGCGCGGCCGCGGCGGUGCUGCUGUGUCACUACUGCCCCCUGCAGGCCGCGGGCGCGCGCUGCAACAUCACCACGGAGUGCCGCGGGCACGAGCGCUGCUCCUCCGGCUGGAGGCGUUACGGGCGCGUGCACGUGCUCGCUCUGCAGGGAUGCGCGUCCCCGACGCUCUGCGGAUCGAACCAGACUCUCACACACAAGGGCCUCGAGUAUGAGAUCACCUACACGUGCUGCUGUCGCGAUCUCUGCAACACCGCCGCGGCACCGGAGAACCUCCUGCAGCAGCUGCUCGGGGUUACCGUCAGUCCCCCGGAUCCGCCGAGCUGUUCAGAGCUCUGACACACACACACACACACACACACACACACACACAGACAAACACCGGGCCCACCACCGAUCUACUGAUACAACUGUUCUCGUGAGAAAGUGACCGCGUCUCAUCAGCCUGACACUAACUAAUGUCGCGUGCACAUGAUGACUGCUAUUAAUAACUUGAGGAUUUUAUUAAUACUGUUCUUACCAUUAGCUGCAUGGUCUUCAGUCUGGAAACUGAUGAACCUUUGUAAAAAAUAAAGCAUGUUUAAGUCCAUUUUCAUCACUGAAUGUCUACGGUUUAACAGGGUUGUGACGGUGAGGAAACUUCCCACCGAUUAAUCGACAUAAUACCGAUAUCACCGUUUAAAUUUGCUUUUA